AUGAAUGCAAUGGGGAUUGGUUCACUUCUCACACUUGGUGCAUUUGCUGGACUCUCCGUGACCACUCCAGCACAUCAAGAUUUUCCCCGCUCCCAGAGCGUUGGUGCCUCUUCCCUCCCCUAUGAUAAGACGGAUAUCCUAAGCUGCACCGUGGAAGGCACAUUCGCCCUCGCCUUUGACGACGGACCGUACGCUUACACCGAGUAUCUCCUAGACAUCCUUGAUAAAUAUGAUGCAAAAGCCACUUUCUUCGUGAAUGGCAUAAACCGUGUUAAUAUCGACGAUUACGCACCGCUUUUGCAACGAGAGAUAGAAUCAGGACACCAAAUUGGGUCUCAUACUUGGGAUCAUAAACUACGCUUGGAUGAAGCAUCCGAAGCUGACAUCCGAGGCGAGAUGGAAAAGCUUGAUGACAAACUGUGCGAUCUCAUUCAACGCAGCCCGACGUAUAUGAGACCACCGUAUUUGGCAUAUGAUGAUAACGUUCUGGACAUUCUCCAGGAUUAUCAUGUCAUCGUCACAGACCUGAUCGUCGGUGACACUGAGGGAAAUGCUACAGCCAAGGGAGCUUUUAAACGCUUCAGCAAUGGAGUGGAUGAAAAGCGUUCGAUUCUCUUAGCUCAUGAUCCUGUGGAGAUUACUGUGGAGAAUUUGACCGAGAUGAUGUUGCAACUUCUCCAGGAAUAUGGUCUCAAAGCGGUUACGGUUGGGGAGUGCUUGGGUGAUGACGACCCAGAAAGCUGGUAUCGAACAUGUGAUGAUUCCGGGGCAUCAUCUCGGUUGAAAAAUCAGGCAGAGGCUGGCGAGGAUUAUAUCAAGACGUUCCUUUGA